AUGCUUUCAACAUUAAUAGUGGUGCUAGUGUCAAUUGUAUCCUUGUGUCACGGAAGAGUAUUUUAUUUAAAAACAACUACAAAUGCAGCAUGUUUAACAAUAACAUUACCAACUACAAUUGAAAUUACAAAAACAAUUGGUCAAGAACCAGUUCCAAUUGUUGUAUUUGAUUAUAAUCAUAGAAAUUUAUUUGAAGAAUUACCAAAUUUUGAUUUUUUAACAACAGAUGCAAAAAUUGAUGAAUAUAUUGAAUAUGGAGAAUUUGUAUUUGAUUCACCAGAUUCGAUAUAUGCUUCAAAAGAUGAAUUAAAUGCUGAACCAUUAAAAUUUGGAGUUACUCCGGGGACUUGGUGUAUAUAUAGUCCGAAAUUAUCAUCAUACGAGUAUAAAGUCGAUGUUAAAGAGAAUGGGUAUUAUGAAAGAUAUGAUGACCUUUGGUGGUCUGCAAUAAAUAUAGUUGUUUGUUUAUUUUUAGCAAGACUAUUCAAUUUUGGUACAAAUCCUCCUAUCAUUUAUAAAACUGUCACAUUAGUUCAAUUAGCUAAAGUUUCAGUAUAUUUAACAUCAUUGAUUUUUACAUAUUUUAAUGAACCAGUUUUGAGAUAUUCUGAAUAUGUUGUGAAGGGAUUAGAUGAUAUUUUUACAAUGUUAUUUUUAAUGGGAUAUGGAUUAACUUAUGGAAAUUAUCGUGAUCAAAAUGUUAAAAAAAUCUUUUUUGUUACUUUAUUAACUGUAAUACCAUCAUUUGCGGUAAGAUAUUUCGAUUUAAAAACAAAUGUAAAUUACAUUGAAAUUAAUAAUCAAAGUUAUAAUGUUGUUCAAGGUGUAUUAGGUCCUGCUGGUUAUGAUGGAUUAAAUCAAAUUGAAAAUAUUACGUUACAAUAUAAGAUAAAUACAUUUAGUGGGCCAAUAGCAUUAUUAUUUGCAAUUUCAAAUUUUAUCAAAAUAGUAGUAUAUACAUUAUCAAUACGUUCAACAUUUAAAAAAUUGAAAAUUAUAAAUCCAAAAGCAAGAAAAUCUUAUAUAUAUGUAGUGAUAAUAUGGUUAUUUGCUUGGUCACUUAUAAGUGUAGCAUUAUCACCAAAUUUAUUUUAUAAUUAUCAAAAUAUUACAAAUUAUGCAAAUAUAUUAAAUGAAUAUUUAAUUGAAUCUUUAAGAUCAAAAUAUAUUAUAUUUGCAUUAGAUGAAUCUCAUUGGAUUAUAUUUUGGUUACUUUGGUAUUUUGGUCAAGGUUUAUUAAUUGAUAAAGAAGUUGAUGUUGUUGAAGUUGAUUCUGUAGUUGAAGUUAAUUCAAAACCAAUUGUUACUGAAACUAUUAUAGAGAUAAAGAAAGAUGAAUAA